UCUCUCUCCCCCUCUCUAUCCUUUAUCUCAAGAUGGCAACCGAAGCACUGCAAGAGAACGAGACCUUGGCCUCUCUGAAGAAUGAAGCGGAUAGCUUGAAGGGAAAGCUGGAGGAAGAGAGAGCCAAGCUCCAUGAUGUGGAAUUGCACCAAGUGGCUGAACGAGUGGAAUCUCUUGGCCAGUUUGUAAUGAAAACAAGAAGAACGCUGAAGGGUCACGGUAAUAAAGUCCUCUGCAUGGACUGGUGCAAAGACAAAAGAAGAAUUGUGAGCUCGUCACAGGAUGGAAAGGUGAUUGUGUGGGAUGCAUUUACAACCAAUAAGGAACAUGCAGUUACAAUGCCUUGUACAUGGGUGAUGGCCUGUGCAUAUGCGCCCUCUGGCUGUGCUAUUGCAUGUGGUGGUUUAGACAAUAAAUGUUCUGUGUACCCGCUGACCUUUGAUAAGAAUGAAAACAUGGCUGCAAAGAAAAAGUCAGUAGCAAUGCACACCAACUACCUGUCCGCCUGCAGCUUCACAAACUCAGAUAUGCAGAUCUUGACUGCCAGUGGCGAUGGAACAUGUGCUCUUUGGGAUGUGGAAAGUGGACAGCUCCUUCAGAGUUUUCACGGUCAUGGCGCUGAUGUUUUAUGUCUGGAUCUGGCACCAUCUGAAACAGGGAAUACCUUUGUAUCCGGGGGCUGUGAUAAAAGGGCUAUGGUAUGGGAUAUGCGAACAGGGCAAUGCAUCCAGUCUUUCGAAACGCAUGAGUCUGACAUAAACAGUGUGAGGUAUUACCCCAGUGGGGAUGCGUUUGCUUCUGGUUCAGAUGACGCCACGUGCCGUAUGUACGAUCUUCGAGCUGAUAGAGAAGUAGCCAUUUACGCAAAAGAAAGCAUCAUUUUUGGAGCAUCAAGUGUUGAUUUCUCACUAAGUGGUCGCUUGCUCUUUGGUGGCUAUAACGAUUAUACAAUUAAUGUGUGGGAUGUUCUCAAGGGGACCAGAGUAUCGAUCCUAUUUGGCCAUGAGAACAGAGUCAGCACCCUUCGUGUGUCUCCUGAUGGAACAGCUUUCUGCUCAGGAUCAUGGGAUCAUACACUAAGAAUCUGGGCUUGAUUUAUGGCACCUGUCCUUAAGAAAGACAUUGAGAUGGACCUGUAGCUGUGUUCUAGCAGAAAGAAUAAUUGAUAGCUAAAACUUCUCUACUCCGUCUUGGUAAAAUUACAACUCAUAUCAUCUCUGAUUUUUAUGAAGUUCAAAUCAUCCAUUAUACUUUUUGAUUUAGCAUCAUUACAUAACCUCAUGCCUACCCUACACUAAAGAGACAUUGCACUCAAAAUAUUUUGUUUCUAUGUUAACAUUUCAUAAUAUAGCAAUAUAUAUAUAUGUGUGUGUGUUUUUAUAUUUAGUUUUUUUUAUUUUCUUAUAACGGUUAUGGAGAUUAGUUCCUUUCCACCAAUAAAGCUAUGAGCAUUAAUCUAGCUUUAUCAGUUGUACUCUAGUUUUCUCAUUUAUUGAUAAUCUCUUUAACUUGACAUAGACUUGAAUUUUUCAUACAAAAAAUAUGUUUAUUUACUGCUCUUUCAUACACAUUAUAUUUUUUUGAGUACAAUGCCCCUUUAAGGCAAAACAAAAAGACAUGGAGACAAGUAAUUACACUAUUUAUGAAAGUUUUGGGCACAAAGACCCUAAUGUGAUUUGUAGUAAGAUUCUCUAGUUAUGACCAUAUGAUGCUUACCACUCUUGAAACAAACAUUAAAUAGCUUCUUGUUAUCACUA